AUGGUCCAAUUCAACUACCAGAAUAACGAGAUCGUUUCGUCUCCAACAGUCAUUGUCAGUGGUUCCAGUACUAUCAGCAGAGGAAUUGUGGAGUUCAUUAACAACGAGAAUCAAGUUUUCCCUCCUCAAAGUUUCGAAAUCAAUAACCACCAAUUCAAGGCUAUAGUUCAUGUUUCACCUGAUAAGAAUUAUUUCAAAGUCAAGGCAUUUGAAGGAAUCAUUGAUGGUUAUGGAUUCCCCCAGAAAGGUAAGGAAGUCGACUCGGGGGAAUUGUCGUUAUUGUACUAUCCUUUGAAUAAUAAACCUAUUCAUUUAUGUGUGAUUUUGGGCCGAGAUUCCAAUGGAUCUUACGAUAUGCCGAAAUACAGGACCGCCAGAGGUGAAGUGGCCAACUUGGACAUGGCAGUGAAGAAACUCAAAGUAGCAGGGAGACUAAUGCAAGCAUACACUCAAGAUGAAAUGAGAUUGAGUGGACUCAGUAAUAGAACGUUCCAAUUCGUUGAAGAGACUACUGACCAACAAGGAAUCUUUGGUUAUAACGUGAAGUCCCCCACACCUCAUCAGGAAGUGAAAGUUCAUGUUCUUAGGUCACCUAAGACGGUAGCAGAGUUAAGAGACCCAAAUUUGGCUCAACAGAAUGCCAAAGGUACCAAUACUGGAGGACUUUUCAGUCAUGCCUUGGACUUAAUCAAAAACUCCCCUCUUUAUGGUGCUAGAAAUCAAUCAGGGACAUGUAUUCAAUGUGCAGUGAUUUAUCUUGAUGCUCAUUAUGAUGUUGGACAAGAUCUCAUUUUAACCCAUGCUGCCCUUGGUGGUGGGAAUGGUGAUAUCAAAUUAGCUAUCUUUGGAUCCCAUGGAUUACAUCUGUGGCCAUCUAAUUUCCCCCAAACAACCUCGACAUUUUUAGAUGCCACUCAUUUAUCUAAACGAGAAGUAGCUAACGAUGCCAACCAAUGUGGAACCAGUUGGGAGUGUUUAAACAUCACUAUGGGAGCGUUCAUGCAUGAGAUAGGUCAUCUGUUAGGUUCACCCCAUCAAGUUAAUGGGGUGAUGUUGAGAGAUUAUAUUUGGUGGAAUAGAUCUUUCAUGACAAGAGAAUCAGAAUGUCUUAGAACUUCCUCCCGAGGUGGUAUUAUUGGACCUAAUGGAUGGCCAGGGAAUCAGGUUUGUCAUUGGAAUAUUUUGGAUAAGUUCCGGUACUUACACCAUGGAUCCUUUGCCAUCCCUACUGAUAACGAUACUUCUCAUGUUUAUAGUACUACCUUUAAACGAGAUAAUUCUUACCAUGGACAAAAUCCUGCUUCUUAUGUGAUCAAUGAUGGUAGUUGUGUGAUAAAAUCGGGGCCAGGGAUCUUUUUGAUCGAGGUGGUAACGAAAGAUUUGACUCGAUACCAUAUUCCUUACUUACCGCAAAAUUAUGGUGGACCGGGACUUCAACACGAAGUUGUUCUUGAUUACCACCAUUUAUACCAAUGUUUAGGCAAGGAUAAGGAUGAGAAUUACGCCGUCAGAGUGUUAUCAUUGGCAGGAGACUUAUACAUUUCUAACUUCAAAAAACAUGUCACUAGAGAUAUCAUUAGGUCAGAUUUUGGUCUUGGUCUUGGAGACAUUGAUGGGUAUAAGAGUGAGAUCUUAGGAAGAGAUAACGGUGAUGAGAAGAUGAUUGGAUUUGAUCUUUCAAAAGUAUCUAAAGUUAGGGUUUACCAUGGAGGAGCUCUUGAUGGAGUGAGGUUCUAUUCAUCUGCACCCCCAGUUCCCGCUAGAAAUUAUAUGAAUAAGCUUGUUAGUAAGAUCAGUAGUAGCGACAAGAUGGUCGGUUUAGGUAACGAGAAGCCUCAUUACACAGACAUUGAUGUUGAUGCUAGCAACCCUAUAGUUAAAUUUCAUUUCCGAAAUGGAGCAUGGAUUGAUGCUAUUCAGGUGGAGUUCGCUGAUGGAAGUAAAUCGGCGAUGUUGGGUAAUAGCAGUGGUGGACACUUGUCUACUUUGGAAGUUCCAGGAGCUGGGUAUAGAAUCGUGGGGAUGUAUGGAUAUGUUGGAGGAUGGAUGAACGGGGUAGGUAUUAUAUAUGCUGCUAAGUAG